AUGGGAGUGGCGGUGUCAUUUCUUCGCUGGCUUUUUGGUGUGGAACAGUGCUGGCUGCAGGGGAGGGGAACGACACCGUCCUGCUUCUCGAGCUCUCCCAUUUGCCCCUGCCCUGGGGGAGAAAGCUCUGAAAAGAUGGAGAACCAGAGGGGUUCGUGCUUGAGAUACGUCCACUGGGAAGCAGAAGAGGAGGGGGACGAGGAGGGUGAGGUGACUCCUGGUGCUUCUCCUUCCAGCCGAACGACUGAAUUGGAAGACGUGGAGGUGGAGAUGCUCAAAAAGGCAAGGGAGCUCUUCCAGCUGUGUGACAAGGAUGAGAAGGGCUUUAUCACCAAGCUGGACAUGCAGCGGCUUCAGAGUGAACUCCCCCUAACGCUUGAGCAGCUGGAGACUGUUUUUGACAGCUUGGAGCAGAACAAUAAUGGAUACCUGACGCCUGUGGAGUUCAGCAUGGGGCUGGGAAAGUUGAUAGGGAUUGACUUGUGUCAGGGGGCCAGAAAGACAGAUCGCUCCAGUCACGAGGAGACCUUUGAGUCAGGCUGGUCAGAUGAUAUGGACCCGGCAGAUGAUGAAGAGAAACGCUUCUGCUCCAUGAUGGAGCAGCUCGGAGCAGCCCAAGUAUUUGAAGAUCCAAGUGAGGUUCGGGAGCUUUGGGCCCGGCUACGAAAGGAGCGCCCGGAGCUCUUAUCCAGUUUUGAGGAGUUUCUGUUGCGUGUUUCAUCGUACAUCAAGGAGGUGAAUCAUGAGAAGGAGUCUAUGGAGCAGGCGUUGAAGCGGAAGGAGACAGACCAUGACCGAGAAGUCAGGUGUCUUUAUGAAGAAAUGGAGCAACAGAUCAAAGCAGAAAGGGAGAGGAUAAUCUGCCAGGAAGCACUGAGACAUGACAGGAGUAACCUGCUCCGAAAGGAACUGCGCAGCAAAGAGCAGGAGCUGGAGAAAAUUCUCUACCGACAGAAGAAGCUGGAACAUCAGCUGCAGUCUUUGAACUCGGAGCAGCUGGAGACCCGUGUGCAGAAUGAAAGGCUCCGGCACCUGAACGAAAACCUGCUGGAGGAGCUGGAGAAAAGCAAAUGGGAGCUGGAGGCUGUGAAGGGGCAACUACAGAAGCUCCAGAAAGAGGCCCAGCUUGAGCAAGAGCAGAAGGACAGGGAUGUGUUCAGAGUCUCCAAGAACAUGCAGAAAGAGAAACAAAGCCUCCUUCGGCAGCUGGAGCUCCUCAGAGAGAUGAACAAGAAACUUCGAGACGAGCGAGACACUUUCGAAGCCAAGAAGCCGGCGCCUCAGAGCAAAAAGCCCCUCUUGAAGAAAGGGUCAGUGCUAGGCAGCUGCCUGCAGGACGACAAGCCGGUCAAACGACAACUGGCCUCUGCGGACCUUCCUAUCGCCUUCCCAGUGGAUAUGGCAAUGGAAGAACCCAACAGGAAGAACUGUAAAUACUUCCCAGGCAGCGAGUCGUGGGUGAAGACAGGAGAAGGAGGCAGCACAAACUUUGGGGAGAACAGCAGAGCCAAGGAGAGCUGGCCAGUGGCAGCAGAUGCUGAGAGGUUGAAGGUGACUUUGAAGGGUGAUGCUGACUGUAGAAAAAGUGCCGAUGGAGUGGAUGAUGCUCCGUUGCCUCCUAGAGGACAGCCUGUUGGCACCGAAACCAGGCUCCAGGUGCUGGAACCAGCCAGUUGCUCCCCGGAUCGUAUCUUCAAAGUGGUGUUUGUAGGGAACUCCGGCGUUGGUAAGAGCUCCUUCAUCCACCGCUUCUGCUAUGACAGGUUCUUGGCUGAGCUCAACGCAACCAUCGGUAUUGAUUACCAGGUGAAGAGUCUGAUGGUGGAUAACACCCAAGUUGCUUUACAGCUGUGGGAUACAGCUGGACAAGAAAGGUUCCGGAGCAUCACCAGGCAGUAUUUCCGGAAGGCGGAUGGCAUUCUGGUGAUGUACGACGUUACGGCCGAGUGCUCCUUCACGGCGGUGCGCAACUGGAUGAGCAGCGUCCAGGAAGGUAUCGAGGAUGGAGCUGUGGUCUUUCUGCUUGGAAAUAAAAUGGAUGCUGCACAGAGAGAGACCCGGCAUGUCCCCAAGGUGGAGGGGGAAAGGCUGGCGAAGGAAUACAAGGCUGUCUUCUAUGAGUGCAGCGCGAUGACCGGCUAUAACAUCAUGGAGCCCAUGCUGCACAUGGCCAGGUUGCUGACAGCACAAGAAGACAGGCAGAGGGAGAAUGCCCUGCAGCUGGAAGAUGUCAGCAGGAGGAAAGGGUGCUGCACAUAA